AUGCCAACCUUCUAUAACUAUACUUCCACUUCCACGACUUUCCUCCUGACGGGAGUCCCUGGACUUGAAUGGGCCCACGCCUGGAUCUCCAUCCCCUUCUGCUGCCUCUAUUUGACGGCCCUUUCUGGGAAUACCUUGAUUCUAUUCGUAGUCCUCACUGAGCCGAGCCUCCAUGAGCCCAUGUACUAUUUCCUCUCCCUGUUGUCCACCACUGACAUCGGCUUAUGCAUCUCUACCCUGGUGACGGUGCUGGGAAUCUUCUCUCAUGCCCGGGAGAUCAGCUUCAAUGCUUGUUUAUCGCAGAUGUUCUUCAUUCACCUCUUCAGGUUCAUGGAAUCCUCAGUGCUCCUGGCUAUGGCCUUUGAUCGUUUUGUGGCCAUUUCCAACCCCUUGAGAUAUGCUACCAUUCUAACGCAUGCAAGAAUCACACAGAUUGGUUUGGCAGUCAUUACCAGGGGAACUGUCAUUUUGACACCACUAGUCCUGCUACUUAAGCGACUGUCCUUCUGCCAAAGCCAUGUGCUCCGCCACUCCUACUGCUUCCACCCUGAUGUGAUGAAGCUCUCGUGUUCAGACACGAAGAUCAACAGUGCAUUCGGCCUGACUGCAAUCAUCUCCACCGCUGGAGUCGACUCCAUCUUCAUCCUGCUCUCCUACAUCCUCAUCAUCCGCUCGGUUCUCAGCAUUGCGUCCCCAGAGGAGAGGAAGAAGGCCUUUGGCACCUGCGUCUCUCACAUCACCGCUGUGGCCAUAUUUUACAUCCCUUUAAUCAGCCUGUCCUUUGUUCACAGAUUCGGAAAACAAGCUCCCCCUUUUGUGCCCACCCUCAUUGCUAAUCUCUACCUCCUCCUUCCACCUGUGAUGAAUCCCAUCAUCUACAGUGUAAAAACAAAGCAGAUUCAGAAAGCUGUGCUGAAACUAGUGUGUUCCAAGGGAACUUGGAUUUAA